UGUCUAGUCGCUCUGUCUUCCUGUUCCAAACCACGUGGACGCGUCGGGGGCCGCGGUGGUCCCUGUCGCGUUCCCAGCUCCCGGCCCUCCGCGCACCGCGCGCACAUGGCGGCCCAGGCGCACUCCCUCAGCUAUGCGGGGUGCAACUUCUUGCGCCAGCGGCUGGUCCUGUCCACCCUGAGCGGGCGCCCGGUCAAGAUCCGCAGGAUUCGGGCCAGGGACGACAACCCGGGCCUCCGAGAUUUUGAAGCAAGCUUUAUAAGGCUGUUGGACAAAAUAACUAAUGGUUCUCGAAUUGAAAUCAACCAAACAGGAACAACCUUGUAUUACCAGCCUGGUCUCCUGUAUGGGGGGUCUGUGGAGCAUGACUGUAGUGUUCUCCGCAGCAUUGGCUAUUACCUGGAGGCCCUGCUUUGCCUGGCUCCAUUUAUGAAACACCCAUUAAAGAUCAUUCUACGAGGAGUGACCAAUGACCAAGUUGACCCUUCGGUUGAUGUUCUUAAGGCAACAGCACUCCCUCUAUUGAAACAGUUUGGAAUUGAUGGAGAGUCAUUUGAGCUAAAGAUCUUGCGGCGGGGAAUGCCUCCUGGAGGAGGAGGCGAAGUGCUGUUCUCGUGCCCUGUGAGGAAGGUCCUGAAGCCCGUCCAGCUCACAGACCCAGGAAAAAUCAAGCGUAUCAGAGGAAUGGCGUACUCUGUGCGUGUAUCUCCUCAGAUGGCAAACCGUAUUGUGGAUUCUGCCAGGAGCAUCCUCAACAAGUUUAUCCCCGACAUCUAUAUUUACACAGACCACAUGAAAGGCGUCAACUCUGGGAAGUCUCCAGGCUUUGGACUGUCGCUGGUGGCAGAGACUACCAACGGUACCUUCCUGAGUGCUGAACUGGCCUCUAAUCCCCAGGGCCAGGGAGCAGCGGUGCUUCCUGAGGACCUCGGCAGGGACUGUGCAAAGCUGCUGCUUGAAGAAAUCUACAGGGGCGGAUGUGUGGACUCAACCAACCAAAGUCUAGUUCUGCUGCUCAUGACCCUUGGACAACAGGACGUUUCCAAAGUCCUUCUGGGACCACUCUCCCCUUACACGAUAGAAUUUUUGCGGCAUUUGAAGAGCUUCUUCCAAGUUAUGUUUAAAAUUGAAACCAAGCCUUGUGGUGAAGAACUCAAGGGUGGGGACAAGGUGCUGAUGACCUGCGUUGGUGUUGGCUUCUCUAAUCUCAGCAAGACCCUCAAGUGAUAGUGUCAUACCAUAAGGGUCCAUUGUGUAUGGAUGAAGCAGAAGCUUCCAAGGACCAACGGGACCGACCAAGUCCAGAUGUGUCCAUCCAGGACAGGACAGCCUCUUAAUAUUAAGGACUUUAUUAACUAAUUUCCAUUGAAAAUACAAAUGUGUAAAUAAAAGUCAUCUCUACCA